UCACUGUGGAAGAAAGGACAGAGAGCCAGAGAAGGGAAUCUUCUUGAACCUAGGUCACACUUUUGGUUUUGCCUCUGCCACACUGGGACUUAGCUUCUUUUUCUGUAAGGUCAAAGCCCAUGCCCGGGAGACACGGGCUCAACUUUAGUCCCCCUUCCACGCUGUGACUUUCUGUCUUUGACUCUCAGACUUCUCAGCCGUGACCAUGGGUCUCGGAGGAGUUGACUAUGCUUGGGCAAAGGGGAUGCCAGGGUUCGUGCGAACAAGAUUGAGGGCUGUCCAGCCUGAGUCCCGGGAGCAAGGAAACCCCUCGCGAGACAGCACCCACGAGAUGCCAGCUCAGCAUUUUCACUCUUCCUCCCGUAGGAGGGUGUGAGGAUGUGGGGUGCAGAGCUCACUGACUGCGAACAGCCAUGGCAAUGAUGCACCAUCAUGAGGCCUGGCAGAGACGGCAGCUCAGUGAAGACUGGGGGCCAGCAGAGCUUGGAGGUCAGAGGCUACAGGUGAGUCAGGUGCCUGAGGGAGUUUCAGAUGGUUCUGAAGGAGCGCGAGACCUAAGGAGGAGGAAGGCCGGAUGGCCGUUGCUUCACUCGUCGCCCGCCUCCAGAUGCAGCAGGGCAAGGGGGAGAUAAGUCCCAGCCUCCUCAGAGCAGGGAAGACGAUGACGUUCCAUGCCUCUGAGGCCAGAGAGAUCUACGGGAGUGAUGGGGUUGGGUCUGCCCCUUCUGGCUCUGGAUUGAAGAAAUCCAGAAACCAACUUCAUGUCCCCAUUCUGCUGGUGAAGUCAAGUGGGAGGGGAGAAACGAAGUGGAUUUCCUGCUCACCCAGUCAGCACGGUGACCAAGGGAAAACUCUGGGCAGAGGUUCCCUACUCACAGACUGAGCAGCCUUCUCUUACCUCUAGCAGCUCUUAACCUUCUCUAAGCAGCCCACACACCAAUUGGAUCUGCUUGUUCCAAGGAUAGAGGUAAGAAAGGGAUAUGGAGGAGCUAGACAGGUGAUAUAUGCCUAGUCUACUCCGGAGGCACUGAGUGUGGUGGCACGGACUGUGCCACUCCACCACUUAGGGGCUGGAGGCAGGAAGGAGUUCAAGGCCAGCCUCAGCCACACAAAGAGUUGGAGGAGCCAUGUGAGACAUUGUCUUAAACACACACACACACACACACACACACACAGAGAGAGAGAGAGAGAGAGAGAGAGAGAGAGAAGAAACUUCAGCUUCCUUGAGCAAGAGGCUGAUUAUAGGGAGAUCUGAGCCAUUAAGGGCCACUCCUAAGUGUGGAUCUUCCAGCAGGCAGAGCCAUGGCUGGCAGGACUCUGCAAUCAGGACGCCCAGAAGAGGAUACUACCAAAGACCUGGCUCUGAAAUUACCACCAGGGAAGUCUGGAGGUCACCUGGCCAGCAUUGAUGAGACCCGACCUGUAGGCCCAGGCCCAGCCUCCCGCCGCGGCUCCCUGAUGAGCCUACACCCAUCUUUUUCACGCCGCAACUCACUGGCGGGACCCCUAGUAGGUCUUGGAGGUCGACGACCAUCCCUGAGCCUAAUGCCCCCUUUAGGUUCACGAGUUAGCUUUUCUGGGUUACCCAUCAUGCCUGCCCGUCGGAUGGCACCCUCAUACCGCACCGAACCAGCGCCAGGCGAGCGCUGGGAAGCUGCAAGCGCUCAGCGUGUCCUGGAAGCAGCACUGGAUGCAGGACUGAGCAAUGUGUGCUACUCGGGUACCGAGGCGGGAAAACUGGCACAGGCGCUGUGUGAACAGAUACGCAUACGUAUGCGGGAGCUCAGCCUACCCCGCUACAAACUGGUGUGCAGUGUGGUGCUGGGACCACGCGAGAGACAGGGCGUGCAUGUGGCCAGCCGGGCACUCUGGGACGCAGUGCAUGAUGGACUGGCCUCUGCCACCUUCACCAACACUUCACUGUUCGCCGUGGCUACUGUCCACGCGGUUUACUGGGAAUGAUAAAGCCUUUAAGUUCUGAAAAACAGUUUAUUAUCCCAGGAGGAGGCCCCCCUGGGGCUCACAUCCCAAUAAAUAAAUGUGUUAAUAAAUAAAAGUG